AUGAGGGAUGCUGUAUUUCUGCUGGUGUUGCUGUUCUGUCUGUCCGGGACAUGGGCUCAGGGAGAGAGUGGAGGGGGCAGAGAGAGUUUGAUCGAUAGCCAACGGACUGAAGCUACAAUGACGAUCCACGAACAGACGAGCGGCCAGCCCACUGCUGAUAUCUGGGGUGAGCUGAGAGACAUGGUGGUGGAGCUGAGGACCAUGGAGACCAGACUGAGUGCCAGUGAGAAGGAGGUGGAGGACCUGAAGAUGGAGAAUGCAGGUAAAGGACUAUUAUCCAUGAUUUUAGAAGUUCAUUUUCAUUAUGCUAUUGGUUCGGUGGAUGAUCAAUAGCUUUUGAUAACUGUUUUGAUUCCAUAAUUCCAGCCAUGAAUGCCAGAUGUUUCUCAACGUAACAUGUAAUAUGUAAUAUGCAACAUGUAAUAUGUAACAUGUAACGUAAUAUGUAACGUGUAACAUGUAAUAUGUAACAUGUAACAUGUAAUAUGUAAUAUGUAACAUGCAAAAUGUAACAUGGAAAAGGUGAUGAAGACUUAUUUAUCCUUAUUUUCAACUCAAUCUUUGUGAUUGACUGUUAAGUUAGCCUAACCAUAGGCAGUUUAUUUAUGCUUAUUUACCAUUUUGAUGAUUUUAAUGUUUAUUUUCAUGUCAUUUUAGCCCUGGAGGCCAGAGUGAAAGCCAGUGAGAGUGGCAACACGGGUAAUUAAAAGGUGUUGAUAUACAACUAUUAUUAUUUUAAAGGUAAGUUUACUAAUGUGUCCUUUCCUGUUAUCACAGCCUUGGAGGCCAGACUGAGUGUCAGUGAGAGAGAGAUGGAGGAGCUGAAGAGAGGAAAUGCAGGUAAAACCAAUACAGAAAAAGAGUGUAGUCUUCCAGUCAAAAAUGUUGCACCUGCACUUGAUUGUAAUCUAAAGGGGUUUGUUUUGUGGCUGUUGGUGAACGUUUUUUGUUUAGCUUCUUGGCCAAAUAAUGAUGGCUUUCAUGGGUUAAAAGGUAGCUUAGUGGUUAAGAGCGUUGUGCCAGUAACCGAAAGAUCGCUGGUUCUAAUCCCCGAGCCGACUAGGUGAAAAAUCUGUCGAUGUGCCCUUGAGCAAGGCACUUAACCCUAAUUGCUCCUGUAAGUCGCUCUGGAUAAGAGCGUCUGCUAAAUAACUAAAAAUAAAUAAUUAAUAUUAUUUAUUCCUCUAUCAAUAAUCAGUGCAUUCCCUUCUCUGUGUUCACAGGCAGACUUAUUCAAACCAAGUAGGACCCUUCAAUACCAUCACCACACUGGUCUACAGUAGAGUCAUCACCAACAUCGGCAUGGCCUACAACCCAACUACAGGUAUUAACCACACAAAUCAACACACACUGAAUCCAACUACAGUUCAGCUUAACUACCAGUGUCUAUGAUAAAUACACAGCGCUGAUCUCUCCCUGUGUUCUCCUCUGAUGCAUAUAUCUACACAGCACCAGUAAGAGGAGUCUACUACAUCAGAUUCACUGCAAUGAGUCACCGUGUUUCGGUGUAUAUCUUUACCACAAUGACAAUUACAAAUACAAUACCAGUGGACAGUUGAGGUGCUUGUCUAAUGCAUUGAUUAGAGCUGGAGGAGGGGUAUGUGAUUUACAUGCGCCUCCCCUCAGGCUGGUUGCUCAUUGAUAAUUCUAAUAACCACAACACCUUCAGUAGCUUUCUGCUCUUCCCUAUGUGA